AUAUACAGUGUAUCUAUUUUUUCUCUCUUCCUAUUUCUGGUGUCUAUGUAUACAUGUCAACGUGUUCGUUGUUAUGGCACAUGCUGCAGGUACCGCUGUUGUAAUACAAUAAGAUGAUUACAUAACUAGUAUUACAUUGAUGUUCUCUCCAAUAAACUAAGAAGCAUGCCCCAAGAAUGCCUCUCCCCCAGAAACAAUGCUCUCAAAAGUAAAAGGAGUUCAAGUGAAAGUAGACAUCGGUGUCCAGAACAACAUCAUGAUAGGGGGAAAAGUUCAAGUGGGAGGAGUAGCAGUGCCGCCCGGUCGCCACGACCAUACGAAGCUCAUACUAUUGAGUCUCUAAACAAACGCAGAGGUCCUUAUGACGAAACGAAGUACAAUUGUAGUGGAGAGAAAGAAACAAGAUAUUGUGUUCAGCAAACGGAUGAGGAGGAAAGCUGGACAGCAGAAAAUUUUGUGCCCAAGCUUGAAGAAUGUUUAGAUGCAUUAAAAAGAAUAGCUAAAAAGAUCGGCACCUUCUAUAACAAAGAAACACAUUUCCAUACUCCACAACCACCUGCACAGAAAACGAUACAAAGGAGUCAUAAGACUGUAUCCAGAACACCAGUGAGACCACUGUCUUCUUCAGUAUCAGAGGAAAUAUUGCAUUUAUUGAAAAAAAUUGACGUCAUAGAAAAAGCGAUUCAGGUCCUUUUGAAGGGGACAGAUCAAGAACAGUUGAAAGAUUUACAAGAGAAGAUUGCAUCAGCUGAUGAUGAAAAUACAUGGCUUCGGAACAGUCAACAAAAUCUUCAGAAAAAAGUAGAUGAAAUGGAAAGAAGGAAUCAAGAGUUAGCAUUAGAGGUAUCUUCAAAAAAUGAAGACAUCACUUUUUAUCAUUCAGAAAAUAGGAGACUUGAAGAAGAACAGAAGACAGGUCUUGAACAAAUGCAAGUUUUAAAAGAGAAGAUUGCAUCACUUGGUGCUGAAAAUGCAUACCUUUGGAGCAGACAACAGGGUCAUCAGGAAGAAGUAGAUGCAAUGAAAAGAAGGAAUCAAGAAUUGGUUUCGGAGAUUUCUUCGAAAAAUGAAGAGAUCACUGUUUAUCACUCAGGGAAAAAGAGACCUGAAAAAGAUGAGAAAAGGAUGUUUCCAGUGAAAAUGUCGAAGACCAAUGACGAGAAUGCCAGAUUAAAAAGAAUUGAAUCAGCUCAUCAGAACUGUGAGAAGAAACAAAAACAAAACGAAACAGAAAUUCAAAGACUAAAGAAUAAAAUUGAUGAACAGGCAUCAAAGGAGAAACUGUUAAGAUAUGAAGUUGACACGGUAAAGAAUGAAAGUUUGAAAUGUCAAAAGAGAAAUAAAGAUUGUGAAGGAGAAAUGAAGAAAUUGGAGAAAAUUUGUCGUGACCAGAGAGAGGAAAUCAAUUUAAAGAACCAGGAAAUUAGUCACCUGAAAGCAGAAACAGUGAUGAAAUCAGAACAAAUAAAACAAACAACUGUUAAGAUUGAGAUAAGAAAGAAAGAAAUAGCAGAGGCAAACCUUUUAAAAAGGAAAGAUGAGAAACUCGGUGAAGAAAAUGUAUCUUUAAAAGAAAAAAUCAAAGCCUGCGAGGAAGAGGAUGGGCAUCUUAAGCGAGAACUGGAACGAUUUAACAGACAAGCGAUAGAAAGGGAACGUGAAUGGAAAAGAUUCGCCAACGAAAAAGAAAGCCACUUAAAGAAGUUGCAGGAAGCGAUGAAGAAGAAAGAUCGGGAGAUAGAUCGGAUGAAAGUAGAAUGUAAAUACAUCAAUGAGGGGGAAAGUAAAUACAAAGAGCUUAAAGCAACUGUAAGUCUGAUAUAUCAGGAGAAAGAUGGUAAAAUUGCAUCUCUCCAGAGAGAAAUUGACAGGUUAACACAAGGAUGGGAAAAGGCAAGAAGGAAAUUAGAUCAGAAAAACGCCGACUAUGAAGGUGCGAUAGAAGAACUAAAUGGUCUUAGGGAAGACUAUAAAAAUGUUAAAAAGGAAUACUAUGAUCAAGAUAGAAGGCUGAAGGAUGAGAAAAGGAUGAGAGUGAAAAUGACACAGGAAAUGGAAAGGAAAAUAGAUCGUGUUGAUCAACUUGAAAAUGAUCUUCAUAUGGAAAAAAUGAAAAAUGAAAGAUUGCGUCAGGAAAUCACAAGGAUUUCCACAGAACUAGACCAGAAAGAAGAACAGGAAAGAGAGAAAUAUGAUGAAUCACAAUUUUUUCUAAGGGAAAGGAGUGAAUUAGAGUUGGACGUGACUCAUCUAAAUGACAGAUUACAGAAAAUGGAAUUAGAUAUUAUUUCGGAAAAACAGUCAAUGAAAUCUCAACGAGCAGAAAUGGAAUACAAGUUACAGUCCAAGGAAAGGGAAAUAAAAGAAUUGACCGAUGAAAUUAACAGAGCAAGAGAGGAAACAGAGGUUUUACAACAAGAGAUAAAUGAUGGUGAAGAAAGCAAAAUCAAGAUAUCAAAUCUUCUACAAAGUAGAAUCGAAUCUCUUCAGGGGGAUCUAGCACACGCCAAAGACAAGUUAAGUGUCAUGCAAAAGAAAAACAAACAAAUAGAAGAGGAAAAGAAAAAUGCAGAAUAUCAAUGUUCUGAAUUUGAAAAGACAUUCAGUACAUUUGAAGAGGAGCUGAAACUAAAAUAUGAAAUCGCAAGAACUGACAGUCUGCAUAAUCUCAACAUGGAAAAGGAAAAACAAAUCCGAAAGUUACAACAAGAUAAUUCCACUCUUCAUGAAUCAGAGAAACAUUUGAUGAAAAAAAUAGAAACACUACAAGCAAAUUUCAACACUGUUAAAGAAGAGAAGACUCUUAUAAACAAUGACUUGUUCGAAAAAGAAAAGGAAAUUUCAGUACUAAACCACGAACUUAGAAGCUUACAAAACAAGGAUGAUAUUAGAAAAGAAACAGAGAAGCAGAAGCAAGCUGUCAGUUUAGAACAAAAAUCUGUUCAAAUCGAGCUUGAUCAAGUCAAGGCAAGAUUGACUGAACAAAACAAGGAGAUGAAAGCAGUGAAAGACAAUGAACUCAGAAUACAGUCUGCCAUGAAUAAUCUUGAAACAGAAAACAUGUCCCUGCAAUCUGAACUCCAAAAACUUAGAACAAGUCUAGAAGAGUUGCAGAAGAAGUCGGACCAUAUGAAAAGAGAAAAAACAGAUAAAGAGAAACGUUACCGUAAUGUAGAAAAGAAAAGCAGAGAGUAUGAGGAGGAGGUGAAAGAACUAAGGAGGCAGCUCAAGAGCUUUCAAGAAACAACAUAUGACAACAGAAAAGAGUCAGAAAAAGAGGCACAUGUUCUCCUUAGAGAAAACAAAGCUCUUCAAGGCGAGCUUGAACAAAUUAAAUCAAGACGUCGUUUGGAUGCUGAAGAAAUGAAAUCCAUGGUGAACGAAAAUGAAGAUAACAAACAACUCCACCUGAGAGCUGUGAAAGAAGUGAAAGACAAAGAACGAGAAAUUACUGAUCUACGGAGACAGCUUAUAGGUCUCCAAGGUAUGGAGAAAAACUUGGAUCUUCUGAAAAGAGAAAAAAUGGAUAAAGAAAAAUAUUACAGGAAUAUAGAAAAGAAAAACAGAGAGAAAGAGGAGGAAGUGACAGAACUAAGGAGACAGCUCAAGAGCUUACAAGAAGCAACAUAUGACAACAGAAAAGAGUCAGAAAAAGAGGCACAUGUUCUCCUUAGAGAAAACAAAGCUCUUCAAGGCGAGCUUGAACAAAUUAAAUCAAGAGUUCGUUCGGAUGCUGAAGAAAUGAAAUCUGUGAUGAAAGAAAAUGAAGAUAACAAAGACCUCUUUCUAAGAGCUGCAAAAGAAGUGAAAGAAAAAGAACGAGAAAUUAAUGAUCUACAGAAACAGCUUAUAGGUCUUCAAGAUAUGGAGGGAAAGUUAGAUCUUGUGAAAAGAGAAAAAAUGGAUAAAGAAAAAGAUUACAGGAAUGUAGAAAAGAAAAACAGAGAGAAAGAGGAGGAAGUGACAGAACUAAGGAGACAGCUCAAGAGAGUGCGUUCAGAAGCUGAAGAAAUGAAAUCCAUGAUGAAAGAAAAUCAAGAUGACAAACAACUCUACCUGAGAGCUACGAAAGAAGUGAAAGACAAAGAACGAGAAAUUACUGAUCUACGGAGACAGCUUAUAGGACUUCGAGAAACCGAAGAAUUGAUGAAGAAAAUCAAUAAAGAGAAAAUUGAUUUAGAGGUCAAGAAUUCCACACAGAGUCGUCAGCUUCAAGAUAUCAAAGACGAAAAAAAUAGGCUACUUACUCAUAUAGAAAGUCUUCAAGCUUCUUCUGAACGUACUGCUCAGGAAAAUGAAAUAACACAACAGAUUUGUUUAAAAUUGAAAGAAGAGCAAAGGUCUAAGGAAACAGAAUUACAGAAAUUAAAAACAGAAAUUUCAAGUUUACAACACAGACUGAGUGAUCAGAGGAUGCAAACGAAAAAGGCAAAUGAAAAUGAUGUUCAUUUAAAGGUCACAGUAGAAAGUCUAGAGACAGAAAACUCUUCGCUGCAGUCCAAACUUCAAGAACUUAGAUCAAGACUUCAACAAGCAAGUCAAAAUUUUGAGCUGGUAAAAAAAGAGAAGAUGGAUACAGAACAAUAUUAUUGGCGCAUAGAGAAGGACAAUAAGAAAAAGCAGCAAGAAAUAGAAGACCUCAGGCGAGACCUUAACAGGAAUAGCGAAUUAAUUUCGAAAUACGAAGCCGUACAAAAAGAGAAAGAAAGGUUGGAAGAAAUUUCUUCUGGGUUGCGGCGUGAUUUACAGUCUAAGGAGCAGGAAAUUCACAGAUCAAGGGAUGAAAUCUCAAGGUUAACCAACAACUUGACUGUCAUUGAGAGAGAAGCCGAUCUAUUGAAGAAAACAUAUUCGCAUGACGAGAACAAAGGACGAGUCAUUUUGGAAGAAAAAACAAAAAUUGAAAAGGAACUUACAGAUGUUAAAUCCACUGUUGACCAAUUGAUGAAAGAGUGCAAAGAUUUACAUAGGGAUAAGGAUAAUGCAGACAAAAAAUGUAUUAAAAUGUCUAAAGCAAUACGAGAAAAAGAGGACGAAGCAGAGCAUCUAGCGGAUAAGCUUGCAACAACUGAAGAAAAGCUAUCCGCACUGGCUGAAGACAAUGAAAGGCUGAGACGAUCGCCAGGUCAUGAUUCGACAGGAAUCAAUCAGAAACUUCAGAGAGAAAACAACGCCCUGCAGUCCGAACUGGAACGUGUCACCUCAAAUUUUGAAGAAAGGAUUUCCAUGCUGGUUGAAGAAAACAAAAAGCUGCGAAUAUCACCAGAUCAUUCAGGGGGAAUCAUCCAGAGACUCGAGAGAAAGAACACGACUCUGCAAUCUGAACUGGAACGUGUUGCCUCAAACUUGGAUCAGCUAAAACGAGAUUAUACAGAAGUGAAAAAAGAAAAAGAUCAUGCACUUAACAGAUUGAGUUCGGUAGCUGGAGAAAAGCUUAGAGAUAACAACCCUGGUAUAGCUGAUCUAAGUGACGAAAACCGCCCGAUCAAUCUGGGUGAAAAGUUCAGCCAGUUGUAUGAUGACCAGUGGACAGACGCUAUGGAAAAUCUGGAGGAAAAUCUCCGAUUUGGUGAAACAGACGGCAUCCGAUGUCUUUUAAACAUACUAAAGAGAGUGUUUGACGAAUGUGUCAGGAUUUCGGAUGAACAAUUUACUCAGCUGAAAGAGAUAACUGGUACAACAAAUUUACCAAGUGAUCAACUGAAGAAGUUGAAAGACUUGCGCAAAUCUACAGCUUUACAGUCAGUCAAAAAUGUGAAACAACUCGUUAACAAAACAAUGUCAGCUGUGUUUGGUAAAGAGAAAGUUGCUUGUCAGUCUUACAUCGAUCGCAGCACAGAACUAUGUUGGUUAAUGAGUGUACAAGAUCCACCCGUUGUGAUUGAUUUUACUGCCGUCCAUGGACAAGAAAUGAACGAUAAAACGUUCCGGAAAUUCACAAAGACCGGGUCGAAGAUUGACUUCCUAGUGUGGCCGAUGAUUCGUUUGCACAAAAGUGGACCUCUGUUACAAAAAGGAGUGGUUCAGCCUAUUUGAGGCUGCGCAUGCUAGUAUAUUCAUGAUGCAUGCUUGAACUUUAAUGGCAUUUUCAUUCAAGACAGUUUUCACACUUUAAAAGUGUAUAAAAUCAAAUGGGAAUACACUUAGUACGUAUAUUUAGGUUCUAAACUGUUACCUAACAUGUAUUUUAUCACAAGAGUAUUGUAUUUAUAGUUUUUAAGAUUAUAUAAUAUCAUUUUUAUCUGAUGACUCUUGACUUACUAUUACUAUUUAUAUACAUGUAGAUGAGUAUACAGUUCAUUAUUUUUAUGAUAUGGAUACAAAUAUUAAGUUACCCAAGGAGAGUAGUAUUCAUUGAGUUCGAAUGGCAAGAUAGAUAUUCUCUUCGAGGGGAAGUUAACCAUCGUAUUCAUCUCAUAAAAGUAAAUAUUUUAUUAACGUAUGAAGUCCUUACUCUUUUAAUCAAAUACAACGAAAUAAACAGUUGUAUCAUU